AUUGGGCCUGUUUCCCUUAAACGGGCUGCGUUUCUUCCAUAUUUCAGCACUUUUUUUUGCUGUGAAAAUCUGCAGAGCGGUGGGGCAAAGAAAUAAGAGAAAGACCAUUAAAAUUUGUAGGAAGGAAGAACAGAUAGAUGAGGAUCCGUAAGCGUUCUAUUGCUGCGUUAUCCUCCUCUUCCUGGGAAAAAACAGGUAGCUUUACUUCGGAGGCAGCGGCGGCGGCGGCGGCAAAGGAAAAGGAGUUUCUUUUACCUCUGGUUGCAGCAGUCGUGGAUAUCCAGGCCAAGGCACGCUUUGAGGGAAAGGAUUGCACAAUCACACCAACAGCACGCCAUGCUAUUGCUCAGAUUCACACGCGCCCCGUGCCCAAAUGGAGAAAUGCACUGUUCCGAAGCAAAGCCAAAGCCCUCCAGGCAGACGAGGAAGAAAACGAUAAACCUAUUUACAAAUGGAAUGAGAGAGAGCAAGUUGUAGAUGCUCCCAAGAAGCAAAGAAGCAAAUUACUUAUCACCCAUGUUAGUCAAGAAACGGAAGAUGCCAUCGAGAUGAGAAAAAAAGAGACCAUGUCAAGAAAGAAAGAGAAGGUUCCAGAAGAGAAUAAGAAUAUGCACGCAGGAUCUCAGUGCAGGAGGAGGAAUGGAAGGGGCUGGCGGUGCUCGGAGAGAACUCUUGUUGGGUAUCAUUUGUGUGAGCAUCAUUUGGGAAAGGGCAGAUUGAGGAGUAUUAACAACAACAACAACAACACAGGUGCAGUUGUAGUGAAAGAUAAGGGUACCAAAUUCAAAGACUUGCAGCUUAUACACGCAGCUGCUCCUCCUUUGUAAAUUUCAACUUCUCUUUCGUCAGUUUAACCUGUCUGGCGUUGAGUAGGAAUUGUAAGAUGUUAACUGGAAUGGAUGUUUUUGUUUUGUUCCAUUUCUCAAUCAAUGCUCUAUCCAUGUCUCACAUAACAUGUAUUAUUUUUCA